AUGAAGAGGGCCAAGGAUGAGCAGACCCCCUCGGAUGAAGAUAAGUACGAAAAAUACUCCCUGUACAAAGGUGACAAGACAACUCCCGGGGUACACCUCCCCCCUCCCUCCACAGUUAUCACCAACCAAGUGGAAUCCGUUUACUUUGUGAACUACAGAGCUGUCGUUGUAAAAACCAAACGCUACUAUGUCACCCAGAAUUCUUACAUGCUCUUCGGAGAUGUGUUCAAAAUAUACAAUCUAAAAGGAGAAAUAAAAAAAAUACAUGCAUUUUUUCCAGGGGAUGAAAAUAAUUUAUCUGAUACUCUCAUUAUGUUGAAAACCACUGUAGUGUCUGUGACAACAUCCAAGGCAGAAGCUUUACGUGUAGCAGACGGUAUUGAAAUGACAUGCAAAAUUUGUCGCAAGAAGAGGAAGGCCACGAAGUUUUCAAUAGAAGGAUUCCUCAGGAAGGUAAGGUGUGACACCUGUAGAGUGAAACCGAAGAACCUAAUUAACAAAAUGAAGCGGGUGAAUAAUGUUAAGGAGGAGCAACAGAUGUUCCUUGCCGUGUCUUCCAACACCACUAACGAUUCGUCUUGUACAACCUCCGCUGUGGCUGAAAUGGCCACUACUCUUAACCCCUCUCGCGCGGGGAGGAAGAGUACCCCUCUUUGCAACGACGCCUCCAAUGCCAGUAACGCCCGUUGUAUCACGAACAGUUCAGGAGGAGGGGAUGGUCCUUCAAAUGGUGGCAUAAACGGACCACCGAAUGCAUCAUCAAUGGCAACUCCAAAUGGCUCAUCCACUUUAGCAGGCAACAACGAAAUGGAGAACAACAACUUCGUAAGCAACAACACCGGAGAUAGCGCUCGCAUACACAGUGGUGAGGCGAACCUCGGAGGUAAGUCCACGAUUGCUGGUACACCCCACAACGGAUGCCUCAGCCCAAGCUCCUCUGCCAUGGAUGAAAACAGUGCGGGACAGUACCACCAUCAGCAGCGCAUUUGUUCAUACAACUCCAAGAAUACCAAUAGCCCCAGUAACGGGAGCGGAGCCAACGCUUCCUUCCUCAAGAGAAGUUGUUACGUGAGUGCCACUGAAACGUGCGCAGCUAGCCACAAUGAACAUGAUGCGAAGAACCCAGACGAAAUUAUUUCCAUGAUAAUAGAGCUAAUAAAGUACAUCUCGUGGAUGCAAAAAGCCCUAAUCAGGGCAUCCAAAGGAAAUUACGUAAUGGACCACACAGAAAUUAACAUCGAAAGAAUUUCUAAAGUGGUUUAUUCUGCUCAGGUUCUGUGUAAUAAACUAUUAAGACAAAAGACUUUGGUGGACCAAACACCAUCAAACACUCGAAGCGCUAACAAUUUCAUGCCCAUGUACAACAGCAAUUCCAAUAACAUAAGAAUAAAGUAUGCUAACUUGUAUGAGAACAAAAUGAACCCUAUGCAGAACAGACCGAUCGAGACAAAUUUAACAAACUAUAAUGCAGUUAGUGUUUUUAACAACAUUAUAAACCACAACACGUUGAGCGUUUCAAAUUGCGGUACUGCCCAGGGGAGCGUCUCUGCCACGCCAUCCUGCAGUAGCGGUGGAAGUGGUGCGGGUAAUGGAGGUGGUAAUGGAGGUGGUAAUGGAGGUGGUAAUGGUGGUGGUAAUGGUGGUGGUAAUGGUGGUGGUAAUGGGAGUGGACAUGGAACCGGAAACGACAGCGCAUCGAACAGUACCAGCGGUGAGACCGCGCCCAACGAAAGCGGACAAAACGGAACCAGUCCCACGAACCUAUCCAACCUUACAAGCCUCACAAAUUUAACCAACACGCCAAGCAACGGAAACAGCAACAGCGGUACCAUGGAUACUGACUCCCCACUCAAUAACUUAAGCAACAUUAACAGUGGAAACAUUUUGCCUUACUAUUCGAGCGGGUGCCAAAUUACGUGCGUCCCACCCUCACCAUGUUCCACUCGAAAUGAUAACAGAAUGAACCAUUUUAUAAAACAGGAAAAUAACUACAUAUACACAAACAAAUCAAAUGAAGAAUUUUCAAACAACAUGCAAAGUAACAACAAAAAUAAUUACUACAAUGACAAACAAGAUGUUUUUUUCUCGACACUCUCCAAGCAAUACAACUCAAAUCUUAACAUUUCCUUUAACAAUAUCAAUAAUUCUGUAUCGAAUUUUUACAGAGCCGUUUCGAAGAACUACAACAUUAGGGACACCAUUCUGAAUUUAGACAAGUAG